ACAGAUGCGUUCUCAUAGAAGCCCAUGUUCCCAGUUUACCCGACGACGUUUCCCACCGCACGACGCGCACAUUUUCCUAUAUAUACGUUAAUGUGGUGUGUGACUAUUUAAAUAUAUUGAUAUAUCGACAAAAUAUAUUUUUCUCACGUGUAAACGUCUAGAUCGUGGAUCGUAUUCGCGAAAGCUCGGAGCUCUUUCGGAGCGAAUAGUAAUAUGCCCCGUUUGCAUGUUACAAACUCAAUCUUCUCGAAGAGCUGGAAUUGUUAAAAAGUUUUUGAAUGUUCUGCUGACAAUGAGUGAUUAAAUUUAAAUGAAGAUAGCAAACAACAACGUACCAAUUUUGACGAAUCGUUUGAAACCUCUGAAGUGCUUUUUAUAUGUAUAAAUCUCUGACAGUUUGAUUAUCACAUCCAUAAAGCCAAAAAUGAAAAAUUCUUCGUAAUCCCAAUUCAAUUUCAACGAAAAUUACAAAAUCUAUUGUAUUUUUUAGUUACAAUCAACGGACGAGUUCGACGAUUUAAAAUUUUUCGAGGGUGUUUUAAUUGUUAUAGUUUCACACAUUAUUGAAAAAAUUAGUGCUUCAACGAAAUCCAGAGAUUAUUUAUCUUAAAGAGAAUUAAUUCAAGAAAUUAAAUCACGUUUUUUGUAAGAUUUUUUUUACGAAUUUAAAGGAUAUCACAACUUAAGAUAAUGAUGCAAAUUUUGUAACAAAUUUGAUAAAAAUGUUGUACAACACUGCAGUUAUAUCGAGAAAAAAUAUUUUGUCUUCAAUCUUUGUUAUUAAAUUUUCUGUGUGUGGUGAUAAGCGGAAAGAUAGGAAAAGACAGAAUUAAUGAUAAAAUGUCGUAUAGAAAAUUGGAUGAUAUAUGUAAUUUUGUUCUCUGCAACACGUGACAAUUAAAUGCGCUGGCAACAUUAUAUAUAUUUCUCAAACGAGAGUUCAAGAUUAUUCAAGAAUUAUUCAACUAGGAAUGCCUCGUACAUUUAAUGAAAUAGUGAAGUGCGAAUCAGUGACUGCGCAAUUAAAUUAAAUGGUUUUAUCAGGGUAAGGUAUACGUUAUACACGAGAGAAAAAGCUGGGAAUUUCCAUCGGACAAUUAUUUAGCUGAUCGCACUCGUGAUUCAAGCAUUCGGAUAACUCUAUAGCCCGGCAUUGGCCUGGUCUAUAUCAACAACAAGUCACACCUACGAGUCUGGAGAAUGGCCAAUAUUAUUGCGACGUGCAUUACGCGUUGAUGCACAUCGCGCAGCCGAUCGCAUUUCUGGAGCAACGAAGAAAAUCAUCGAAGAGAAUUUCCUUCGACCAUUAAUGCAAUCUCGACCUCGUGCAGCCAUGUUCACAUUUGAAGAACUGUCGAGCAGAGUUUCGAGAUAUCAUCAGAUACCGACGAGACUCGGCGAUCUGUCUCCGCGACUCCGAAGAUCAGUGUCGCCGACGAUUUGGCCGAACCUGACAAUCUACGAUUAUCAAAAUCAUAGUUUAGAGACGAUUUUCGAGAUGGAAGAGCUGGGUGGAAUCUGCACCUCGCUAUACUUUCUCCUGGAUUUUUGCCAUCUGUAUUAUAUACCGUCCAUCAUUCUACUGGGCCUGGUAGGCAAUCUCUUAUCGUGCGUGGUUUUUCUCAAGACGCAUCUGAAGCUGCGGAGCUCCAGUUAUUACUUGGCUGCGUUAGCCACCGCUGAUUUCGGCUUUCUCAUAUCUCUGCUCCUGGUGUGGCUUAACAGCACCGUAGGCUGGAGAGUCUUCAACAAUGACGGCUGGUGCGAAACGUUGGUGUAUGUCAGCGCGGUUUGCAGUUCGCUCAGCGCUUGGUUAAUCGUCGCUUUCACCGUCGAAAGAUUCAUCGCCGUUCAAUAUCCGCUCCAUCGACCGCAUAUGUGCACCGUCGCACGCGCAAAAACUAUUAUUCUGGUGCUGACGAUAUUUGCUCUGGCUAGCCACUCAUAUUCCUUCGUCACUGCCGGGGUAGUGAAAAAUCAGGACGGCGACGAGGUGUGCGAUUUGAGGAUCGAGUAUCUAGAAACCAUGCGGAUUAUCAGCAUUAUUGACAGCAUAGCGAGCCUGAUUGUGCCGCUUGUGCUCAUCAUCGUGAUGAAUACCAUGAUCAUGAGAAAUCUCCUCAAGUUUGGCAGGCGAUUCAACCAGGAGCCCGGUUACACCGCUAAUUGCGCCAACAGGGAGAAGUCCGACAUCAAUCUCAAUCAAAUCCCGAGUGGCAACAACAGCAAUAAUGGUGCUGGUUAUAUAAACAUGGUUUCACUCGUGGGUGCAAAUGGAACACGAAGACCACCCUCCCAACAAUUGUCCUUCCACUCGUCUAAGAAUCAUUCUCGGCAAUCUGCAUCUGUUCCACCAUCGACACCGCGAAAUGCCUGUCAGCAGAUGACCGAAAUAGAAGCUCCGUGUAUACACGUUAUGUCAUCUUCUCGGAAUCUCGGAUCGACCAGAUUCAAUCAAGAAAGCAUUACUAAAAUGCUUGUACUUAUUAGCACAGUCUUUAUAUUACUUAAUUUACCAAGCUACGUGAUUCGUCUAUGCGUAUUCUUCUUCACUCUGGCGAGGAAGAACACACCAGAGACACUCUGGUGUCUGCAGCAAUUCUUCAUGCUACUCUACUAUACGAAUUUCAGCAUCAAUUUUUUGCUGUACGCCAUGUGCGGCAUUACGUUUCGUCGUUGCCUGGAGCAAAUACUGCGUAGGAUCAUGAAGAGCAUGACAUUGUAUCAUUGCAAUCCACAGAGGGAACCGAUAAGCCCGUGAAAUGUCCGCUCCCUGGAUCAUCGUUAAUCUGGUGUCUGUUCCCAACUGUGAGAUUUCGGUCCAAAUUGCGGCGACUUUUCCGGUAAGAGGGGUUCAAAUCCAAGAUAAUCCUGUUUGAGAAAUCGCCUUGAAAGAACACAUCGUUCCGCGAAAUGCGUGACAUGAAAUUAUAUUCAUGUCGAUGCUGAGACAACUCAACGAAAGAUUCGCCAAGAACUGAGAAAUCGUUGGUAUGAAAAAUUCGAACUAUAUAACAAGAUGAUUGACUGAUGCAGAAGAAUCACAGGAAUUCACAAUAAAAAUCCUGCAUGUAAUUAUGAUAAUAUAGACUCACAGUUGCUUAUGUGUAAGAAUAAGAUUUUUACAAAUUUGAUCAUUAUAUUUAUAGAAAUUUAUUUCUAUUUUAUUUAUAUGUGUAAAAGUUCAGAGAAAGACAACGAGAUCCUUUCAAAAUUUAUAUAAUAUUUCAAGUUUUCAAUCUUGAUAUAAAUCUUUUUUUUUUUAAAUUAAGUAUAACAUAUAAAGAGCAGAUAAGUUUGAUUCUCAUUUUUUUCCAGAAUUUUACUAUAACUAUAUUAUUUGAUCAUUUCUAUUUAAUUACCAGUAAUAAUCAAUAAUUUUCUUAAACCGUAUGAUUUUUCCUUAAGACAGAAAAGGAGAAAAGAGAGAAAAAGGCAUAAAAUCUUUAUGUACUAGAAUAAAUUUUAUCUGUAGAUACAAAUUAUGAAUAUAGAGGAAUAUCAUUUUUUGAUAA